AUGCAGCUUCAAGAUGGGACGCUGGAGCAGCCGUCCGCCGUCUGGAGGUUUUUGUCCACUGCAACUACGCUGAAUAUUGCGGCGCUAUGUCGUGCAUUUCUGUACUCGCUCAACACCACUGAAGUUAAUGGCCUGGAGAGGUUCUUGAAGCUUCUGGAGUCGCGGCAAGAUGAUACUUCGAGGACACGCGGGUUGAUAACUGUGUCAAACCAUAUAAGUGUAUUUAUGUCAGCGUUCUUUACAUAUGGGCAGGUCCUCCCAGCACAUAGACUUUUCCAUUCUCCCCGCGGAGGCCUCUUUCAACCAAGCAUCACCCAGGCAAUCCGGUUGUUAUCCAAGGGGCCAUUCCCUGCCGAACCUCACAGUGCUCCAAUGGAAAAACAAAGAUGGAGCAUAAGCAACACUUGUGUCGACCCCUUUUCUGAGGUACCAACGGCCUUCACCACGACCGGAGAGGAUGCCUACCUCGCUCCAUCUGCUUACGCGUGCAACUCGUACUCUUGGAUUCACGUCUUUCCAGAAGGAAUGAUUCAUCAGUCAACACAUAAAACUAUGCGAUAUUUCAAAUGGGGGGUAUCACGUUUGAUAUUAGAGCCGGCCGAGUGCCCUGAUAUCGUCCCCAUGUGGAUUGAAGGAACGGACGGUAUCAUGCACGAGGACCGUGGAUUCCCUCGUUUCAUACCGCGUGUAAAGCAGAGGGUCAGUGUUACCUUUGGAGAAAAGGUAGAUACCGAUGCCAUAUUCGGAGAGUUGAGGAGCAAAUGGCAGAAACUUAAGCGGGAAUCAGAGCGAGAAGAUACCGAGCCCCUGACAGUCGGGAUCUUGAAUGAGAAACUCAUGUACGGUGACGAAGCUAGAGAGUUACGUGUGGAGUGUACAAGAAGAGUUCGCGAUCUCGUCCUUGAAGUCCGGCGCUCGAGAGGCUUGUCGGACGAAGACCCGAAGGCUAGCAUGGCGGAAACAUGGCUGAGAGAGGGCCCUAGGAGAGAAGGGAGGAUGGAUGACGGCUCCCUUAAACAUAAGACCCCGUCUAUAAAACCAAAACCUGACGCCCAUCCUUCACUCCAGUCGUCCAGGCCUUCCAGCCAUGGCAAGUCAACAGGUCAAUCCUCUGUCAACGACAUCCUGCAGCAGAUGCGAAAUGCGUCUUCCAAGGCAGCAGGCUCACGGCAGACAAUGCUAGUGCCUAGAUCAGUUCAUCCGUCUUUGAGAAAUAUCCUUGAGCUCCCUGAGACACCGCCACCCCGGCCUACGACGGCUCGCCAGGCAGUUGGACAACGAAGAGUCCGCAGAACACCUGGCCCGCCGCCUCCUCUCAGCUGGGUAACUCCUAACCCAGGAUCGAACGGCGGUCUGGACAGCCUGGGCAAGAGUUCAUUGAGAGGUCACAGCAUCAAGUAUAGCCGUCGGCUGGACCGUCUUCCUGGAGCAGUUAUUCCCCCACAUGAUAGUUUACUACACACCAUACUACACUUCAUGGCUAGGAAUUGGGACUGGCACCUCCUUUAUGACGGAACAUUCCUGUCAACACUGCCAACACAUAUAAGGCAGCUUCUGUUGACAUAUAUAUCUGUUUAUACAGACCAUCCAUCAAUGGGGGUACACAUGAAGGGUUUGGAACCUUUGUUCCUGACCUCUGAGUCUGGCCCCAGGGACGGCACCGAGGUGACCCGGUUAGAUCUUGGAUUCUCAAUUGGAUACUGGCUUACUCUGAAACAACUCUCAAAAGAGGUCAAGAGUAAUACACUGAAGGGUAAAGAGAAUGGCCCUCUUCCCACCUCGUGGGAGGAAGAGGCUGACUCGGAGAUAUCGAGUCCUUCCCCUUACGGCCCGGGCCAGAUCGAAUUUCCUGGCUUUGGUAAUAUCAGAUACCUCUCUCUGGCAUCUCCGGCUCCGGAAGCUGCGAGCUGGGUCUCUCUUCUCAAGUUACUGUCCCAUCUACCAACAUUAACCCAUCUCUCCCUUGCCUACUGGCCUAUCCCAACCCUGAAGCCCAAUGCCCUCACAGCGAGCGUGAGCCAUCCAAAACAUAAACAACUCUCUUUCCAGUACGGAGGGUCUGAUACCUAUUCAUCAUAUGAGAAUAAUUGGGUCGAGGCCUCGAUCGUCCUCGCGAAGCUGUCUAGAAUAACCUAUAGCCUCAAGUGGCUUGACCUAGAGGGCUGCGCCGAGUGGAUUCCUUCAUUGUGCUGGGAUGGAGUCGAUAUCUAUGGAGGAACUCAUGAAGUCACAGGCCCAGAGUGGAAUGGCUCCUGGAGAGGAAUAGAAUGGAUUGGCCUUGGCCCUGGCUGGAUCCCCGAGAUUCCAGCGCUAGACAGCAUCUCUGUCAAUGAAGAUGACGAGGACAUUAUACUCAAGCAACAAGAUAGAUUUCGUAAGGAGCGGGAGUUAUUUCAAAACACACUCGAGAGAAUAAAAGACGUUGGAACGCGCAUACGAACAAUAAGGAGAGAAGGGCGUGGGAAAUGGAUACACUACUCUGAUGGAUCAGAGUGGUAA